AUGGAUCCUGUGACGGCGGCGGCGGCGCAUGGAGGGGGGCACCACUUCGCGCCACCGGUGGCGGCGUUCCACCACCACCACCCGUUCCACCACUACCCGGCGGCGUUCCAGCAGUUUCAGGAGGAGCAGCAGCACCACCACCACCAUCUUGUGGGUGGUGGUGGAGGGAUGGCGAAGCAGGAGCUGGUGGACGAGAGCAACAACACCAUCAAAAACAGCGGGGGGAGCAACGGGAGCGGCGGGGAGGAGCAGCAGCAGAGGCAGGGCGGGGGCGGGGGUGGGGCGGAGGAGCAGCAGGCGGCGCCGGUUGUGAUCCGGCGGCCUAGGGGGCGGCCCGCCGGGUCCAAGAACAAGCCCAAGCCGCCGGUCAUCAUCACGCGGGACAGCGCCAGCGCGCUGCGGGCGCACGUCCUCGAGGUCGCCUCCGGGUGUGACCUCGUCGACAGCGUCGCCACGUUCGCGCGCCGCCGCCAGGUGGGCGUCUGCGUGCUCAGCGGCACCGGCGCCGUCACCAACGUCUCCGUCCGGCAGCCCGGCGCCGGACCAGGCGCCGUCAUCAACCUCAACGGCCGCUUCGACAUCCUCUCGCUCUCCGGCUCCUUCCUCCCGCCGCCGGCCCCUCCCUCCGCCACCGGCCUCACGGUCUACGUCUCCGGCGGCCAGGGGCAGGUCGUAGGCGGCACGGUCGCCGGCCCGCUCAUCGCCGUAGGCCCCGUCGUCAUCAUGGCCGCCUCGUUCGGCAACGCCGCCUACGAGCGCCUCCCGCUCGAGGACGACGAGCCGUCACAGCAGCACAUGCCCGGGCAGUCCUCGCCGCCGCCGCCGCAGCCUCAGCUCCCAUUGCCCCCGCACCAGCAGCCGAUUCUGCCCGACCAGCUGCCACACAACCUGAUGAACGGAAUCCACCUCCCCGGCGACGCCUACGGCUGGACCAGCGCCGGAGGAGGAGGAGCCGGCGGCGGCGGCCGCGUGGCGCCAUACUGA